UCGGGGCGACGUGGCAAUGAGGGUGAUCGCGAAAGUCCACAGGGCGGGGGUCACGCCGGAGGAGAUGGCGGCCGGCUACGACGAGUGGUCCGAGAACUACGAGGAGAUGAUGAUCUGGAAAGGCGGGUACCGUGGCCCCGCCAUCACGCUGGAAGAGGCGCUGCGUUGGGUACCCCCGGAGCGGCGAGCUAAGGCCAGGGUGCUGGACGUGGCCGCUGGGACGGGCUGCGUGGGCCGCGAACUCCACCGGGAAGGCUUCAGGCACAUAGACGCUGUGGACCCGUCGGAGGGCAUGAUGAAGCAGCGGGAGACUGGCAUCUAUACGAACGACUUCCUGGAAGUCAGCGUCGAUGAUAGCACCAACAGCUAG